AUGCGCGUCGCAACAGCUCUAACCGUCAGCCAAGUGCUGCUCGGUGUCUCUCAAGCUUCAUUGUACCCAGGACAGAGCAAUCUCAACCACACCUGCCAAUUGCAAACCCCAUUCCUCUCAUGUUCGACGCAGGCGCACCCUGAUCUCACCGACUCCUGCUGUACCGAAACGUAUGGCGGGCUCGUUAUGAGCACUCAGUUCUGGGAUACUUAUACGGGGCUAGAAUCUGAGGGACAGGUGCUGCCAAAGGAUGCUUGGACUUUGCAUGGUUUGUGGCCAGACUUUUGUAAUGGGUCAUUUACGCAAUAUUGUGACCUGAGUCGACAAUAUGAUCCCACGCCUUCCCCAAAUACUACUACUGGAAAGCCGGAUGGUGAACCCGUCAAGCCUUAUGACGGCCCUGGCAUCGGUACAUUCCUUGCUCCGUUUGGGAAGUUGGAUCUACUUGCAUACAUGAACAAAUUUUGGGUAUCCCAAGGCUCGCCCAAUAGCGACUUCUGGGGCCACGAAUUCUCGAAACACGCCACCUGCUUUAGUACCUUUGACCUCCCGUGUUACGGGCCGGCCUACAAGGAACACGAAGAGGUAGUCGACUUCUUCUCCACGGCCGUCUCAUACUAUCAAAACCUCCCCACCUGGGGCUGGCUAUCCGCUGCGGACAUCCGGCCUUCAAACACCACCUCGUACUCGCUUUCUGACUUACAAGCUGCAUUAACGAAAGGUUUCGGCGCUACACCGUAUAUCAGCUGUUCAGGACCGAAGUAUAACGCUACGGAGGCCGGGAAGGGGACGAGUGAUAAUGGAGCGACGGUCGUAAGUGAGGUUUGGUAUUAUUACCAUGUUUAUGGACGGGUGCAGAGGAAUCAGGGGAUACCGGUAGAUGCGAGUAGUAAUGGGGGCAGCGUGAGUAAUUGUGCCAAGGUAAAGGGUGCGUUGAAGUAUCCGCUUAGGAGUGUGGGGAGUGAGGUUUGA